GUUUCAGAGCAGUUGAGGUUGUGCCCCUUUGACGACAGUGUGAAUGCUCCAUCUGCAAAGACCUAAAAUACAGCACAAAUCACAUGAGCCAAAGCUUUUAGAGUUAUUACAGUCUGAGCUCCUGCAGGAUUUUGGUCUGAGUGAUAUUCAUUGGGAAGCCUUUUGUCUCUUGAUGGCCUUUAGCUGCCGCUGGCUAUACAAGCAGUUCUGACUCUCUUUCUCCCUGCCGCCCGACUCCAGCGCACUUCUUUAUGACUAACUCAUUACAGCAGCAUCAAAGUUUAAUGACAAAAUAGCCCAGUGCUCAUGAAACCUCUCAGUUGCCUCUCAGGGGUUGCAUUGUUUAAGUUAACACCGUUAUGAGACAGGAAGGAAGGAAGGAAUAAGGACGCGGCCUACUGCUAAUGUCAUGCAAAUAUGACAAAAAGUAUGUUGCAUGUGCUUUGUUGUGAUGGAAAUAGUGAGGGAAACAACAAGGCAGAGAAACAAUUACCUCAAGAAAUGGCAGCGUCCCCUGAGCAGAGAUUACACUGGUGAGCAUCACUCUUAAUUAGGUAGAUCUUUAGUUAAUGCCUUACUUUGUUCCCUGCUGCACCUUUUCUCUCAUCACAUCUCUGUAUUCCCACGUCUCAGCGAACACCAUUCUCCUCUCCAGUGUUCAGAUUGCUUUCUGAGUACGGACAGCAAUUUUGAGGCUCUCAGAGACCACUCGAACAUGGAUGUGUGAUGCUACGUAUCAGUUUAUUUCUGAGAUGGAACUUGAACCAGGACAGCAUGUUAUUGUGAAAUAGGAGAGACAUGACAGUAGGCCAGGGUGUGAUAUGUAAGCAUACUCUCCUAACACAAGACAAUGCUACAAGUGAUUUUUUUUUUACCUUUUAACUGUACAUCAGAACAAACUAACACUCUGAAUAUAAUCUCCCUUUUAGCUCUGACCUUUCCUGCCUCACAACAAAGCUCAUCUGACUAAUGGAAAAGGACUUUUCCGUUCCAGUCAAGAGGGACUUUACCUUCAUGUCGCUGUGCUGUAAAUGAUGCCCUCCUUUCUGCUUUUCUGACCUGCCCAGUUUGCAUUUGUCUUUGCUGCUCUAGCAAGCAAAAGCUGUUGUUCCGGCAAAUCAGAUGACCCGUGCGAUCUGAAAGCAGAGUGCAGCCCCACCAUGGACAACAGUAUAACAGCAAAGGAGAGAGGCAUCCUGGAGGAGAAUAAUGAGAAAGAGGAGAUGGACCAGGAGAGAGCUCAGGAGGAUGAGGAGGAGGGGGAAGAGAAGAAGCUGAAGGAGGAGGAAGGCGAAGGGGAGGAGAAGAUGAGGAAGGAGCAGGAGCCGCUCACGGAGGAGCAGGAGCUGGAGGAGCUGAAGGCCCAGGUGCUGCAGCUGCUGCUGGAGCUGGAUGACGCCAGAGAGACCUCCAACAAACACCAGGAGAGCUGCCAUGAGCUGCAAGGUCUGUUGGAGGACGAGCGUCUGGCCAGUGCUCAUCAGGCUGAAGCCUUCACACGCCAGAUUCAGAAUCUACAAGCACAGCUACGUUCUGUGCAGGAGGAGAUGGACAGCCUGGAGGAGGAGAAGGAGAGCGAGCUGACCGAGGCCCAAGAGGAGCUGCGUCUGGCUCAGGAGGAGGUGCUCCUGCUCCAACAGGCUGCAGAGGAGGCGGCAGCAGAGAGGGAGAACGACAUCGCCUCGCUGCAGGAGGAGCUGUGUCGCAGGCGGGCCGAGCUGCAGCGUCUCAGCGAGGAGACCCAGGAGUACGAGCUGGAGAUCACCACACUGAGAGCUGAGAUCAGCAUGAAGAGCCAGCGCAGGGAGGCCGAGAGGAGAGAGGGUGACGUGGACCUGCUGAAGGAGGAGUGCCGUAUGCUGAAGGAGGAGUGUCAAGCCCUGAAGGAGGACAACAGACGUCUCACUGAGAGGCUGCAGCUGCUGCAGCGGCAGAGGACAUGCUCCAGCGUCUAUCUGUCACUGAAGGAGGAGGACGCAGGAGAGGGCACGGAGGGGAAGGAGAUGGAGAGUGGCCCUGAUGAGGUCAUGACAGAGAGCUACAUGACCAUGGCCCAGUCCGAGAACUGUCGCCUGGUGGACGCCUCCAUCCAAAAGAAUAUUUCAUUUGAUGGGAAGCCCUUGACACCAACCGGCUGGAACGGCGGCAUUGGGGAAAUCUUCUCCUUGAGGGACCAACUCAAGCAGGCAGAGGAGAAGGCCUCACAGGUUCAGCGAGAGUGUGACGGUCUGAAGAUGGAGCUGCAGGAGCUGCAGGUACUUUAUGACAGCAGUCAGAAGGAGAGAGCCGAGCUGGAGGAGGAGCUGCAGCGCUGCAAGGCAGAGCUGGAGAAGCUGUCAGGGGGGGCUCAGAGAUUCAUCCAUCCGUCUGAGCACCCUGUUCUCUCCAUCCCCUUCAUAGGAAUGAUUGUAAUAGUGGCUGUGGUCUGGUGCUGGUUGUCGGAGUUGGCGUCCCAGAGGGCAAGGGGAGUGAAGUAGGUUGGAGCUCCAUUUUGACUAUCACUGCAGCCACGGCAGUGCUACUAAUGAUGACCAGCUUGUUGAGAGCUCUCGUCCGAUGUUGACUGGAUGGGCAACAACUGCACAGGGACAGACGUCUGCUCUCUCCUGCCAUGUCUAUAGACUGUACUGGAGUUCUCUAAAAUGUGAUAAAACUGACAACUGUGUAGUAGAAAAUAUAUGGAAAAAUUUGCUCUCUAAUGAGAAGGUACUACAUGGACACAGAGCGAGAAGGAUGCACGUGGUCUCUCCAGGAGACUGAAACCGGCUUUAACGACGAGUUGACCUGCAAAAGGUCCACAUGAGGACAUGAUCUCACUCCACUAAAUGUAUGCUAGUGCUGUGCCAUUCCUCCUUGAUGUCUGUGUUAUUUCUCUCUUCUCUAGCCAACCGUCUGACAAAAUGAAGGGUUGGAUUAUUAAUGUGCACCUGUGCAGCUUUUUUUCCUGUUUAUUUAACCAUUAUUUAUUUAUUUGUAGGCUUUAAUAAUUUUCAUAGUUGUCUUUGAUAAUAUUGAAGAACAUGAAGUUUAGACGUUUAAUGAACUGAAAAUCCCUAAAAUGUACACAUGCCCUUAAAGUACAACAGAAAGAGUAAUUUAUAUUUUUUUCACUGUUAACUAACGCUACACAUGGCAAAACUGAUUAAAACUGAUUAAAUGUCACAAAAUCUCCAUGUCAGCCUACCGUCACCAUCACAUCCUAUCCUGCCAAUGUAUUUCUGCCCCACAAAACUCAAUAUCAAACUGAGUAUGUUAUAACACGGAGAACCAGUAAGGCUAACUAAGCACCUGUCAAUGUAAGCUCGGCUGACUUUUAACCCAGUGUCACCUCCCGUGGCUGGGAUCAGCUCUACUUCACACUGUUUUUCACUUAUGUGCUCUGCUCCAGACUCUGUCACUUCCAUUUGCCUCACAACUGACUUGUGUCUGACUGAAAUCAGACAACUCUCACCUUUAAUUGCCAAUGAAGAAAUAUGCCUGAAAGCCAAUGCAGUAUAUCUGAUUCAUCUUAUCUGCUCACAGGUCAGUUUGGAAAUCUAAAACUCCUACACCCAAACCCUGAACUGUUACAUGUAGUCAGGUUCGCUGUAGUUUUGGGAUGUGCUCGUAAAGAUACUCAGCAAGUUUGGGAGUAAAUUCCAGGAUGUUUUCUAACAUCUCGACUCAGCAUUGAUUUCAAUGUGGAGAAAUACAUUUUUGUUUCCCUCUUCAACAAGAUUCAAAUGGCUUGGUUUUUCCAAGUGUAUUGGAGACACCUGGUCACACCUUGAUUAAAACACAGAUCCGACUGAAGUGAAAGGUCAUGGUUAGUUCUGGGGACAUUUUAGAAACUGAUAUGGUUCCAAAAUAUGUAAAUAGGAAGCUUUCAGAAAAAAAAUGUAGUUUGUUUAAGCAUCAGUUACAAUUGAUAUAUGUAUACGUGGAAGGACUCCGAUUAUUGUUUACACCCGAGUAACGUUUUUUUGUGAAAAUAUUUUAGGACUCAAAAGCAUGCUAGAAAACAUAUAGAAGCACAUUAUCUAAUUUAUGUUCAUUCUGUUACUUUGUAUUUCAUGUAAAUAGAUGCGACAUAUAGUACUAUGGGAGAGAUAUUUCUUAAAUCCAUUUGUAUUAGCUUUGUAGAAAGUUUAUUCUAUUUUGAAAGAGCAUCGUAUAUUUGAUAGCCAAAUUAUAUGCCGUGUACAUGUUUAUUUAUGGUGAUGUUGUCCAAAUAACUGCUAGCAUUGCUAAUCAUUUUCAGUACCUCUUUGUUCAAAGGUGGUGUAGUCAUUGCAUGCAUUUAGAUUUGCAUUUGACCUUAGUUGCCUGAAAGAGCAAUAUGACACCUGGUUUUACCAGUUUGCUAAAUUUCAAAAAUUUAUUGAAAUCUUUUCUUGUCAUUAAACAGGACUUUGAUAAGCAAUGCCUGAGCAAUGUUAUUUCUGCAUAUGAACAUACGUUAAGGUAAUAAUGUGCUGCUGGACUGCAAAUGUUGUCUCUGUUCAACAAAAAAAAAAAAGUUUGCAAUAGAAAUUAAACUCCCAUUGACUGCAAUGGUACAUGACGAAUGUUGUCUGAUUCAGAUUCAUUAUUUUUCAUUAUUUCUGAGCAUAUUUGAUUAACUUUGCCAUAGUUUCACAAGCUUCUAUAUUGCACAGUGUUUCUCAGCUUGUUGCUUUACAUAUUGAUAGCAUUGUUGUUUUCAAUAUAGUCGUGGCUAUUUUGUUACCUGGAAGUCUAUUUUGUACUGUAAAUGACUUGAUAAAGUAAAAUACCCAUGUUACA